AUGCAAAAGAACCUGUUCAUCGGCGCCGUAGCACUUUUCAAAUUGGUGGCGGCUUGGAGUUUGAUGAGCGACGCAGACAAUGGGAUAUGGUACAUGAAUCGCGACGGGAAUGGGGACCUCAACCUUACAACUCGUCUCGAUUUUGAGUACAAGCCAGAACCCUCAAAGAAUCACCUUCGCAUAAGACAACCAUCGAGCCAAGAUGAAGAUCAUAGAAGGCCGGAAGAGGGCUUCUGGCCAUGGAAACAAUCCGGCUCGUCCUUGUCAGACAGUACCACCAGCACCAGCACCGCAAGAUUUAGAUUGAGCCCCCAACGCUCAGCAGCCGCCGACACACCCAGCCUCCCCGUCAAACAAUCAGAAUGCGGAAACCUGGAGCUCAACCCAGCCGACGCAUACUACGCCGAGCAGAUGAUGGCAGCCUACUGCGCCGCCGUCGGGUACGUGGACGCCUACCAGCACCUGGCGUCCAAGUUCAACUCGGUCAUUGUCUACAUUUGCGCGCGCGGCCACCCGGAAACGUGCUCCUCGGCGGACAUGCUGAGCGCCAUGCAGUGGUUGGACACCGAGUGCUAUACCGCCAAGUCUGGGUGGGUGUAUAAUAAUUACAUCCACAAAGACGCACCGGGCAACAAGUAUGGUCGAGAUGACCAGGGGGCCAACUUUUGCUAG